AUGGCAUUGUCCACUAUGCCUAUAAUUGCAUUGCCCACUAUGCCUAUAAUGGCAUUGCCCACUAUGCCUAUAAUGGCAUUGCUCACUAUGCCUAUAAUGGCAUUGUCCACUAUGCCUAUAAUGGCAUUGCUCACUAUGCCUAUAAUGGCAUUGUCCACUAUGCCUAUAAUGGCAUUGCUCACUAUGCCUAUAAUGGCAUUGUCCACUAUGCCUAUAAUGGCAUUGUCCACUAUGCCUAUAAUGGCAUUGUCCACUAUGCCUAUAAUGGCAUUGCCCACUAUGCCUAUAAUGGCAUUGCUCACUAUGCCUAUAAUUGCAUUGCCCACUAUGCCUAUAAUGGCAUUGCCCACUAUGCCUAUAAUGGCAUUGCUCACUAUGCCUAUAAUGGCAUUGUCCACUAUGCCUAUAAUUGCAUUGCCCACUAUGCCUAUAAUGGCAUUGCCCACUAUGCCUAUAAUGGCAUUGCUCACUAUGCCUAUAAUGGCAUUGCCCACUAUGCCUAUAAUGGCAUUGCCCCACUAUGCCUAUAUGGCAUUGCUCACUAUGCCUAUAAUGGCAUUGCUCACUAUGCCUAUAAUGGCAUUGUCCACUAUGCCUAUAAUGGCAUUGCUCACUAUGCCUAUAAUGGCAUUGCUCACUAUGCCUAUAAUGGCAUUGUCCAUUAUGCCUAUAAUUGCAUUGCCCACUAUGCCUAUAAUGGCAUUGCCCACUAUGCCUAUAAUGGCAUUGCCCACUAUGCCUAUAAUGGCAUUGCCCACUAUGCCUAUAAUGGCAUUGCUCACUAUGCCUAUAAUGGCAUUGUCCACUAUGCCUAUAAUGGCAUUGCCCACUAUGCCUAUAAUGGCAUUGUCCACUAUGCCUAUAAUGGCAUUGCCCACUAUGCCUAUAAUGGCAUUGCCCACUAUGCCUAUAAUGGCAUUGUCCACUAUGCCUAUAAUGGCAUUGCUCACUAUGCCUAUAAUGGCAUUGCUCACUAUGCCUAUAAUGGCAUUGCUCACUAUGCCUAUAAUGGCAUUGCUCACUAUGCCUAUAAUGGCAUUGCUCCACUAUGCCUAUAAUGGCAUUGCUCACUAUGCCUAUAAUGGCAUUGCCCACUAUGCCUAUAAUGGCAUUGUCCACUAUGCCUAUAAUGGCAUUGUCCACUAUGCCUAUAAUGGCAUUGCUCACUAUGCCUAUAAUGGCAUUGCUCACCAUGCCUAUAAUUGA